UCCUGUUUCAUGCAGACUGUCUGCCUUCCAGCGUAGUGUUGUCCUUUCACUCUCCACUAUUCAUUACCAUCUUGUGUGUGUUUUCACAAACCUACUAAGGUGGACCAGAAGCGCUGGCACAGAGGACUGACGAGUUCAUGCUCAGAAAGAAGCAUACAUAUAGACGUAACUUGUCCUACAACUGCAGAAGCUUCUACUAAAUUGCAGUUUUAUUACAAAGGAUAGAAAACUCACAUACAAAGGCUGCCAGCUCAAAUCUUACCAAACACAAGUAGAUGACUGAGAACUCUGCAUCUCAUGAUGGACAAGAAAAGUGCCAAUGGCUUUCAGACCAAGGUCAACGAGGGCGGUGUACAGAGGAAACAGCUGCCCUAUUCAGUGGAGACUCCCUAUGGCUUCCAUCUGGAUCUUGACUUCCUCAAGUAUGUGGACGAUAUUGAAAAAGGCAACACCAUUAAAAGGGUCCACAUCCAAAGGAGGGUGAAAGGCCCAGCUAAAUUCAGCACUCUUCCCAGAAAUUUUAGCCUCCCUGGACAUGGAGUCAGGCCUCCACCUAAGGAAGGGGCAUGGUCUGGGACAUCUACCUUGGGCCCAAAGCCUAAAUCCCGAGUGACAGAGGUCCAGCAAAUAUUUGACUUUAGGCCAAGUGAAGGGGCAAUAUCCAGUCAUAGCAGCAGAGCGACAACCAGUCAAGGAACUGCAAAUGUUUCAACCAAAUCUAGAGAUGAACCAGGCACUGUCUAUCAAGGUACCGAGGAUAAAACUGCUGUGAUUCAAAGUCGACCAAACCUCCUUAGAGCGUCAUCAAUGCCCAUCACCCUCCAGCAGAGGAAAGGUUCGGAUUCAAGCAGUCCUGAUUGCACGACGGGAACGCCAGAAAAUGGAUCAACAGAGAACAUGUUCCGUGCCUCUCCAGACAUAUUGGAAAGACGGUGCCUUCCACAGGAUCGGGCGGGCCUUCACCAGCAGAUAACAGUGGCACUAAAAAGAGUCAGGGAGCUGGAAGAACAGGUCAAAACUAUCCCAGAACUAAAGGCUCAGAUCUGCUCCUUAAGGGAGGAGCGGGAGAAGCUGCUUUGUCAGAUACAAACACAGUUCCAAGUUCAAGCUUCCACAUCAUCCUCUGCAAUGGCAACAACUUAUGAGACAGGGGGAAUCAGUCAACGCCAAAGACCAAGACCUUCAGAAGGGCUCAACUUAUCUUUAGCAAUUCAAACGGUUCAAGGUGUAGCUUCUGAGCAUGUGCCCGUAAAUGUAGAAGAGAGCCACAGAGAGACAAAAAGAACAAAAGAGCUACCAAUACAGAAAGAUCCUUCUACAAAUCAAAAGCAAAGUGUACCAUCAGAGAAAGCUGACAAACAAAAAGAGACAUCGAAGAGCCUGCAAGAUAAUGCAGAGGAAAGGCUAUCACAGGACACUGAAGUUGUUGCAAAAGAAAGUGAGAUUAUCAGAGAGAGUAAUGCAUCAAAAGAGGACCAAAAUGGAAUGCUAAAGCUAGAAGAGAAGCUAAUGAUGCUGGAAGCAAAACUUACUCAGGCUAGCCAGGAGCUAGAGAGAACUAAUGCUCUUUUGAAGGAACAAAUGGAAGAGAAUAAAGCAAAAGAGGACAGAAUAUUGCAACUGAGUGAAGGGAUGAGAGUGGAAAUUUGUACCACACAAGUACCUGUGAGGUCAAGAAGAGAAAGCAUAGAUGCAGGAACAGUUACAGAGAAAAUAGAUCUCAGCCACCAAGAAACUGAGACAGAAUCUCCUUCUAAAAUAGAUCAGGGAACAGAUACGGAUAAAAUCUUGGUUGAAGUGAUAGUACCCAAGCCGAGGGCUAGAAGUAUAGAUCGAGGAAUAGCGACUAGUAAGCUUGACACACAUGACCAACAAACAGAAAUGGAGGCAGAGGUAAUAGUGGCAAUACAACCCCGACCCAGAGCCAACAGUAUGGAACGGGGUACAAUAACAGAGAACAUCGUCACGCAAGAUCAGACGACCGAGACGCCUGCAGCUGAAAGAGUAAACCAAGUCACAGAGACAGAGGGAGAAACAGUGACAGACCAUCCACAGAGACCAAGAGCCAGUAGCAUAGAUCAGGGAACAGAGACUGAAAGGGUGGACACUGUGGACAGAAUCACAGAGACUGAGGCAGCACAGAGGAGCGACCAGCAAACAGAAACAGAGAUAGAAAGACAGCAGGACAACAACCUGUCUCGAGAUGCACAAGCAGAGGGUCGAGUGGGGGAAAGUGAAACCACUGUAAGAGGAGAUAUUGGUCAUCCUGUCAAAAGCACAGCAGAAAGCGAAAAAACAAAAAAAGUAGUUCAAAUAGAAAGUGAAAAUGUUGCUGUAGAGGUUGCUGCAAAUAUAUUUGUUACAGACGUUAAAGGCAUUGUUAUUCAAACUUUAGAUUCAGAAGUUGGGAAAAAGACUAAAGUCUGUCCCAGUCCAACCUCUGGAACUGAUAAAAGGGAAGUGACCUCUGCACAAGAUCACUCAAAACCUAAAGAGCUCCAACUCUCAACUGGUAUAGAGAUUGUAGAACCUAAAACGACUGAGAUGGAGACAGCAGAAAGCAAAGACAAAGAAAUGUUGUGUGAAUCAGUUAAAGAAAAUAUCAUCCCUGAUACUGUUGUAGUAAUAGCCGAAAAUUCAGCUGUGAAGUCAGUAGCUCCUAUUAGACCACAGAGAGGACGCAAGCCCCCAGCAGAGCAAAUGCAGCCAACACCUCCUCAACCUCAGCUUGCACCCAUGCUCACUACUAGGGAAUCCAGUGAAUCUGAAUCUGAGAAAAUCACAACAAAAGUCCAGACUGCACCAGGCCUGGAGGCUGACUUAUCAGCACAACCUUCUGAACCACGGGAAAAUGAUCAAAUGCCAUCUGUGCCUCAAGUUCAAGACAGUAGUCAAGCAGAGAAGCUGCCUGAUAAGUUGAUCGAGAAGCAGUAUAAUGUACAACCUCAGGGUGAAUCUCAAAGCGUUUCUGCUAUCUCUAGUGAGAUCCAAGUAAAGAGCAAGCCCAUUCAACCACACAGUAAGUCUCAACCUGCAUCUCGUCGGGACUCAAAAGAGCAGAAAGCGCCACAGAGGGGAUCCAGUGUAUCACACCCUCAAAGUCGUGAGUCAGGAGAAACAAAGACUCGUCAAAUCCGCCACGGGUCAGGUGAUGCCCAAUCCCACUCCCAGAGCUUGCGUAGAAGCUCCACUGAGGCUCCAUCAUCUCAAAAAGAUGCCAGAGAGACACAAUCGCUUCGAAGAGGCUCAAGUGAAGCAGCUCAGCGCCGUGGUUCAAGUGAGGCAAAAGCCUUGCGACGGGAAUCUGGCGAGUCUCAGACAGCCCGCAGAGGUUCUGGUGAAUCGCCAACAUCUCCUGCGGCCUUGGGACAAGUCGUAACUCGAAUAACAGGUCUUCUUGGGGAGCAGUGGGCACAGCUCGGGAGCAGCUCUGGAGCCCAACAGACGGCCGGCCAACAGGAGAGCCCCAUAGCACCAAAACAGACUGCAACCAAAAGAGCAGAAGCAGGAAAGGGAACCCCAGCCAAGCCCGCAGGCAAAGGUGCCCCUGCUGCAACAACUGGGAAAGCAGCGGGGAAGUCCAGUGCUUCCAAAAUGAGUUCAAUUCAAAGCCAACUGGUCAGCUCCCUCAGUGUCCUUUCAGCCUUCUACUCCCCAGGCCAGAAAACAGCUGCCACCAGCAAGCAGCAAGAGCAAGGUCUCAAAUCUAUUAUGAAGAAAAAUGGUGUUGCUGACAAGCAGGGGAGCAAGGGAGCCAAGAAAAACCUGAAGUUUGUUGGGGUGAAUGGAGGCUAUGAGACGACAUCCAGCGAGGACUCCAGCGCAGAUGAAAAGUCAAGAGCAGAAGUGGAGGAGGAAGACAAAUCUGAAGUAGUGGUAGAGAAGGAAACAGACAAGGAGUCUGAGGAAUCAGUAGGGAUCCUGGUGGCAGAUGCAGAGGUUGCUGCUGCUGCUCCUGCUCCUUCUGCUGCUGCGGCCGAGGAGGAGGAAGGUGCUGUGGGUGAAGAUAAAGAGGUUGAGAGGGGCCUGUUGGAUUUAGAAGGUGGCCAUGAGCUCCUGCAGGUGGAGGAGGCUGAAAGGGAGAAAGUAGAUAAAGGAUUCAUUGAUGCCUGCGUGUAUGUAAAGGAUCGUAUGGAAGAGGUUUCAUCUCCAGAUAAGGAAAUGCGUCAGGUGUUGGUGGUGCUUUAUCAGGAAUGGUUCAAAGUCUCGAGCCAGAAAGACUCCCAGGCAGAUACAGUCAGAUUAUACCUGAGACAAGUGGGACUGACCACCCCCACUCUCCUGCCAUAUGUUGUUAACUUGACUGACGGUAAUGGGAAUAUGGCCCUCCACUACAGUGUGUCGCAUUCUAACUUCCCUGUGGUCAAGCUGCUGCUAGACACUGGUCUUUGUGAAACAGAUAAUGUGAAUAAGGCGGGAUAUACUCCAGUGAUGCUGGCUGCCUUGACCGCUGCUGAAAGCCCAGAUGAUCUAGAGGUGGCCGAGCAGCUGCUAAAACUUGGCGAUGUCAACGCUCGCUCCAGACAGGCUGGCCAGACCGCGCUCAUGCUUGCAGUGAGCCACGGUCGCGUUGCUAUGGUGAAGCUGCUUCUGAGCUGCGGCGCAGAUGUAAAUGCACAGGACAGUGAGGGAUCUACGGCCCUGAUGUGUGCCUCCGAGCAUGGACACACGCACAUUGCUUGUUUGCUGCUGGAGACAGGUCGCUGUGAUAUCGGACUCACAGAUAAGAAUGGUCAAACUGCCCUGUCAGUGGCAGAAGCAGCUGCUCAUCAAGACAUCAUCGAUCUUCUAAAAUCCCAUGCAUCUGAGCCCAUGUCUGCUGCAGACCUCCUCUGAGUUCUACACAGUUUUCCAAACCAUUCUAGGUCAACAUCUGCCUCUACUUCCUCGAUCCUCUACCCACCAACAGAAUGGGGGAAAAAAACAGAAGUAAAUACUGAAUAUGAUGCUAUAUGAAGAUAAGCAUGGGGCUGCCUUUAUGACCUCUGGGAAUAGAGUGUUUAGACCAUAAUGUCUUUGUUGUUGUUUUUUUUUAAUGAAAUGAUUAAUGAGGGUUGAACAAAGUUAAAAUAAGAUAUUGCAGUGGCAACAAUUGAAGCCAACAGCAGAUUGAGCAGGAAACAGGGUGAGUUUAAAAAAAAGGAACAUACGGGAGAGCAUUUCUGAACUGCUGCAUCUUAAUAUAUACUAACUCUUAAAGCAAAAUAUUAAGCACAUGAUCUACCUUUCAAAUAUAUAAAAUAUAACAUAAUUUCUAUUUUUCUUUAAUCACAUUGACAUUGUUUUUUUUUCCCAUAUUUGGACAUAAGCCAUUAUUGAGAGCAUCUUAUAUACAGAAUGUUAUUCUAACAGAUCAUGAUCAUACAAACAGAGACUGUAUUUUCUACUGCACUUUUUUUUUACUGUGUAUGUGUACAGUGAAUAUGAAUAUAUUCAACUCCAGAGGAAACUAUAAAGCAUGGAGUUAUAAAAGAAGUGACAUCAAAUAAUGUAUCAUACUCCACAGUGGUCAUGUUUUUCACGUGGUUCAUGGGUGAUCAUCAUUUGUGAGUUAUUGAAAAACAAAUGGUUUAGUCUAAAAUAAAAUUCAGUAUUUUUUAUAACAAUAUAUUGAGGUUGAAAAAAAAAAAAGUCAAGAGAUUGUAUUGAGCUGCAUGCUAAUACAGUUACUCCCCCUACUGGCUGUUUUAAAUAUAGCAUCACAAACCAGUAUGUUGUAAUACUGUUUGUGAUUCUCAGCUGUCUGUAUACAUAUAUAAAUAUAUAGUAUCUCACAAAAAUGAGUAAAUCCUAUUUUAUAUUAAAUAUUUUAUUAUAUCUCUUCAUGGGACAAUACUGAUGACAUACUGAAGCAGGGUUUAGUAGUCACUUUACAUUUUGUGUAUCCGAGUAAAUUUGCAAUCCUCUCAAAAUAACUAUACAAGGCCACUAAGAUCUGGCUGCAAAAGUGAGUGCAUCCCCAAGUGGAAAUGUUUAAAUUAUGACCAGCGUGUCAACAUUUCAUGUGACCAUCAUUUUUCUGUCUUUACUCUCUUAUCUUAACAGUGUUCAGGUCUGGUUUAGCAACACUGCCUUGUGGCCGAGUUUUCAAAGAGAAAGGAUCAUGAAACUGUAGCUUCCCACAGCCAGCAACGCUUGUACACCCCCAAACCAUGAUACACCCACUGCCAUACUUGACAAUAGGCACAACGCACUUGUCUUUUUACUCCUCGCCUGGUUGCUGCCACAACCAGGUGAGGUUAAACCAACAGGUCUAUCCUGGUCUCGUCAGACCAUAGGGACAUGGUUACUGUCUGCUUCUCUGGCUGCUGAAUUUCUUGCGCAUCUUCUUUAGAAAAGAGAAUUCUGGGAUCAAAUUGAUCCCAGCAUUUGAUCCCACAGACCACCAAAUUGAUCUGUGUGACCACAGACCAAUUUGAUGCAGUGUGCACCAUAUGGUCUGAUCACUGACAGGCUGAAUUCAACCCCAACACCAUCUGCAGCAAUGAUAGCACCCAAAGGUCUAAUAUCAAAAGACAACCUCUGGAUACAACGCGUAACAUGUGCACUCAACUUAUGUGGUCAUUACACCAGGGAGGGAAAAUGAUUAACUGAGCACAAUUUGGACAUUUUCACUUGAAGGUAUUCUCACCUUUGUUGGCCAUGACUUGGCCAACAAAGCCAUUGCUCAUUGCUAACUAACAACUAUAUUAGUUAUCUUGAGGGGACAGAAAACACACAGUUAUACAUAUGGUACACUGACUACUUUACAUUAUAUCAAAGUGUUAUACCUUCUGUGUUGUCCCAUAAAGAGGUAAAAUAGAAUGCUAACAAAAAUACAAGGGGUGUACCCAGUAUUGUGAUAUAUAUCUAUAUGUCUCUCUAUUUACAUAGAUAGAUAUAUAUGUCUACAUAAAUAUCUAUCUACGGUAUAUAUAGAGAGAGCUGUUUGUGUGAUUGUUCUAAUCAUGUAUGCAACACGUACAGAAUGCACAAUGAAUGUUGGGCUGGCUGUGACACAUUCCAAGAGAAUAAAAAUGUAGCAAGUGUGAACUAACCCUGCAUGGAUGAGUGCAAGACUUUGAAUCAGUUGAGAUAUUAACUUUAUUACAAAUAUAUGUCUAAAGACUUUAAAUUAGUCCUGAUGAUGAAGCAGUCUUUAGAUUGUAGAGCUAAGUUCAUUAGGCUCUCGUACCCAUGACUAAAGCAAUCAGACCAGACAUAUUAAAAUCCUGAGCAGGGAGUUUUGUUUGCAAUAAGAAGCAAUAAAAAAUAUUAUGUAUGGGACUAUGGUGCAGCCUUAAAUGGAUAACUGUUAUUAUUCUGGAGCUGAGGUUUUAUUUUCCAGGAAAACAGAUGUUCUUUUGUGGAGCCUUUUCUAAUACAUCUCCUUGCAGGAGUGUGGUCUUAUGAAAUGUUUACAAUGAAACAUUCCUUCCACAGUGACCACAACAGAUGCCAAACAUCUAACAAUGUUUACAUGAUCAAAGGGGAUAAGAUAAAAUAAUAAUUCAGCAAAUGUUUAAAUAAUACAUUGAAUUAUUUUACCUCAGUUUACCCUUUAGAGGGAUUAAUAAAUACAAGUCAUGUCAGUUACGAAAUUCUGGUUAAACAGUAUGAAAAGCCUUAAAAUAAAUUAAAUACUAAUUGCAGUGGCAUAAUCUUACAUUGAUUUAGUUGUGAGAAAAUCUUAUAUUAAGAAAUUGUUUUGUUUUGUCUGAGGGAGAGCUGGUGUCUCACUAGUGGUCAAUGAACAACCAUUUUGUUGAAAACAAUUAUUCCCUGAAGCAAAAUUUUCCCCUCACUGAAUAAAAGCACAGACAAAUAGAAAGGGGUGAUAUUAUUUAACAUGUUUAGUGUCAGAUCAUGUUACUUCAUUUAAAGACUGAUUUCUUUUAAGGCUUUAAACAUGUCUUUGCCAGAGGUGCCAAUAAAUGUGGAGGGCUGUUUAUGAGGCCUUGUUAAAUCUGAUUUAUGUUGGGGAACAUCUGUUUGCAAGAGUCAGUAGAGCUAAAAGUCGAAUAUUGUCAUGUAAGGUAAUAAAUAUAUAAGUAGCAAUCCGAUCUGCAUGACAAAAUCAGUUUCUGUGUUGAGGGAAAACUUCAGGCAAUUAAUCAAACUGGAGGAUUUCUAGCACAAGAUUAACGUAACAACUGUUACUUUAACAAUAGUUAGGCCUUGCUUAUCUCUAAAACUUGAUUUCAGUUUCAUUAGUUUUCCUUAAUAAUACAUUUAAUUGCUUUCUUGACAUGUCACCAAGAUCUGUUCUAUUCUAAUUUUCUAUUUCAUUGCGGUCACGCCAUCAAUCCCAAAUACUGUAAACUAAAUCAAAAAUAGGCACAGAAUUGGGACUACAACUGUAAUUUGAAAAAUAAUCAUUUGUAUGAAUAUAUAUAAAGUCAGAAUUUACAUGAAACAACUUUUUACAAAUGGACUAAUAGCACAUAUUUCUAUGUAGCAUUAAUUAUUCCCUGUGCUACAGUUACAGAUUAAAACAGAAAAGUAUAAAUAUAUGUUCCUUUUACUUAGCUGCGGGAUGUCAAACCCGUGCUGAGAGAAGUGUCUGGUCUUCCAUGCCUACACAUCUUUAUGAAAAUUUAUGUUCAAUCCAGUGUGUGACCCAGAUGUUGUAAGAUUUCACGUCUGGUUGAUCACCAAAGACCUGAAAUCAACUUUGUUCCACAUGGGGUUAAAUUUGUGUGUUUUCUUCUGUAAAUCCAGCCAAAUACAUGUAUAUAAAGUAUUGUGGAAAAAUAUAUAACAAGUAUUGUCUGACAGUCUUAUAAUUAUAUGAAGUAUUUAUUCUAAAUGCUAUAUUUUUACCAUAUAUAUAUAUAUAAAUAUAUGACAAAAUUAUGUAUGCAUGGAGACAAAUAUUCAAGUAAUAGUGCUCGAAGGGAACCGGACUGUCAUUAGUUCACCUUUACUGGUUGGAUGUUUGUGAUAAUGUGUGACUUGAUAAGGUUGUGGAUUAUCGUGUGCCCGUCGCGCUAGUUUGGAAAUGUGUAAGACAACAGCAAAAAGGAAUCUGCUGCAGACCUAUUAGGGCAAUGUCUCCCUAGUUUGAAUAUCAAUGUGAGAGCCCAUAAAUAAUACAGAUUAAAAUAAAAAUACAAAUAUUUACUUUUCUGUAAUAUUAUAUGUGAAACAAGCUUAUAUCUAACAGACCAGAGAA